AUGAGUACCGUGGAGCAAGUUGCCCACAUCAAUGCCCGUAUUCGCGAGCUCGAGCUCGAGAAUGCGCUCAAGGCGCACAUCAUCGAGACCGUAGAAGCCCUUUGGGGCCCACGCCUCUGCCUCACGACCUCCGCCUCUCCCGUCAUGGCGAGCUAUGAGAGCUUUGCCGUGAUCAUCUGCUCGAAGCUCUCCCCCGAGGGCAACACGGUCUACCAGGCCAAAGCGAUCGCGUACAAGGAUCGCGUCGGCGGCAUCUGGCAGUCGCUCAUCCAUUCGGCGGAUGACCACGAACGUGUGGAUCAGGCGCUGGAGGACCUACUGGCUUCGAGCCAAGCUGACUUGGCCGCUGCGACUGAUGGUGUGGAAGUCACUGAAGAGUAUCGUCCUGCGGUGCUGGACGAUCCUUAUUCUUCUGCGCAGGCCAAUAGCGUCGUCAACCGUGAGAACAUAGUCGCCCUCUGGGGUCAUCCGCGCCUCCGUCGCCCCGACGCUGCUGUCAAAUUCUCUAUCAUUACCUGCGCGAAGCUCGCCCCCGAUGGCGUUACCACGUCCUACCAAGCCAAGUUCAUCGGCUACAGGGAUUACGUGGGCAGCAGCUGGCAGAUGCUGGUCCAGUCCGUGGACAACCAUCCGCGCGUGUAUCUGGCCCUGGAGGAUCUGCUAGCAGCGGGCCAGGCUGAUCUAGGUGUUGCCACCGAUCAGCUUGAGGGCUACUUGAUAUGA